CUGGACUUCAGUCUCUUUUAUAAGCUGUCUUUCCAGUACUGAACUGCUUCUUCAAAAAGUGUUUUUCUUGGUCUUGUGCUGAGCUCCUCCUGGCAGUCUUUACAAGAAAGCAAAAAUGCAUUUCAGGAACUUUGAUUACAUUUUUGGUUCCUUGAUUGCUUGUGUUGCAGACAACAAGAUUUUCAAUCAACCGGAAAUUAGGGGCAGAUUUGAAGCUCUGUUUAGAACAUAUGACAAGGAUGUCACCUUUCAUUAUUUCAAGAGUUUUAAACGAAUAAGGCUGAACUUCAGCAAUCCUUUAUCAGCAGCUGAGGUUAAAAUUCGGUUACACAAGACAGAAUUUCUUGGAAAGGAAAUUAAACUAUAUUUUGCUCAGAGAUUGUAUAUUGGAAAUACACACUUAGCACCACCUGAUCCACAGAAACAAUUCCUGAUCUCUCCUCCAUCGUCUCCUCCUGUUGGUUGGGAACAAGCAGAUGACGCUACACCUGCUAUUAAUUAUGAUCUUUUAUACGCAAUUUCCAAAUUAGGACCAGGAGAUCAGUAUGAACUUCAUGCUGCAACUGAAACUACUCCUAGCGUGGUGGUCCAUGUAUGUGAAAGCAAUGAGGAACUUGAGUCAGACGAAGCAAUGGAAGUAGUCAAGAAACCAAAGCCAAAAAUUAUUAAUACUAGGCGGCCAGACUAUACUCCAGCUUAUCAAAGCUGAACUAUAUAAAGUUCUCAGUUCCAAACUGACAUGCUCAAGGAGACUUUGAAGAGAUAGCACGCCACACUUUCAUGACGCUAGAGGUGGAAGCAGAAAUUUUUAUAUAAAAUUUCCCUUUUCGGAAAGGGAAGUUAUCAUUUGCUUGUUGAAUGGCUCAUGAGACAGAUUGCGGUAUGAACUUUCUGAAUGGUUGUCUUGGAGAAUAAUCAAACGGGGGCAUUGGAAGCAGAAAUAUAUACUUUAUAUUUAGGGAAUUAUUCAGAUACUACAGAUAUCUGAAAUCUAGCACGAUGCCUUCCCUGUUAAUAUAUUCAUUCUGUGAAAAAUUCCUCUAAUUCAUGAGACAAUUACAUAUAUUGUAUUUCUAAAAUACAGUCACUAGUGAACACAUUGGAAUAAAUGAGUCAUAGAAAAGCGUGUUAGGAAUUUCAGCUGGCAUAAAGCAUCUGGAAAUACAGCGAAAAGUUUUAAACAUGAAGUAAUAAAAUUGUUAGUCAUUUUCCACAUUAGAUUUUUGUGCAUGCAUAUAGAUCUAAAACAGUAAACUUGUUCAAAUUGAUCUGUACUUUUAAUUUAUGUUAAAAAAUAAUCUCAAAUAUUCAGCUUUCUUUCUGAAUUGUUUGGUUUUUUAGUAGGGACACUUUCAGAACAACGCCUUUAAGCUUAGUGAAAUAAUGUUUCUUAAUGUUAAUUGCCAAUGUAUGGUUUUGUAGAAAAUGUAUAAAAUAUCUGUGCAUUCUUUCAAUGGAUGAAUUACUUUAAAUUAUUCUAAAAAGAAAUAUUUAUAUUGGUUUAAGCUACCUUGACUUCUUUAUUGACCAGAAGGAAAAGGAAUUGCAAAUACUGUUACAGUUUUCUCAACGGUUGAGAGGAUAUAAGCUUGUAUUGUCCUAGUCACAAAUGUAUACAUUUAUAACUGUUGCUGUUAAGUGUUGUUAAAGUUGCUUGAGUAUAUUUAUCUUGUUAAGAAACAUGAAUUCUGCCUUUUUUCUCCUCAUGAAUCUCGAGAGAUUGUUGCAACAAUUGAAUGCUUAUUUCAUUCCCAUCCGCUCCCAUGGCAGUAACUGAUUGAUAGAACUGUAUUUUGCUUAAAUAACCCUAAACCAGAGAUUUCCAAACUUUCUUGACUCACAGCGCUAUUCAUGUCACGGUAAUUAUUUCAAGGCAGCUCUAGACCAAAAGAAAUAUUUAACAAUUUCAUUUAUUAAGUAGUUAGGUUCAAACAGUAAGGUGUUAUGUCCUAUCAACUUAAUAGUCAUUUGAAAAAAAAAUACAAGUAAAUUCCAAUGUUUUUUUAAAAAUUAUUUUUAAAUAACCACAAUUACUAAAGGAAUCUGUGCAUGUUUGGGCACACAACUUCUCAAAUCUUGGAAUCAGAUUGGACACCUCCACCCUCAUUUCCUGUUCCACAUUGAUUUUCACACAAUACCUGCUUUUUUUCAGAGCAACUGCCAAAAAAAUCAGCUUCAUAAAUAUUACACGUUGCAAACCCCAACUUUGCAAAUAAAUGAUGCCCCUGUGAGUUUGUUAACAGCACACAGCUUGGGAACUCAACUAUAAUUCCUAGUACGUCAUUCAAAGUCACAAUGAUUUUCCUUAAUACAUUGUGGUAGAUACUUUACUCCUUAUUUAUUCAUUUACUUAUUUAUUUAUUUACUUACUUGCUUGCUUACUGACUUACUAUUCUUUAUUAGGGCUAUGCAAAUUACAGAAACAAUUCAGACCUUAUACCCUUAUAGCAUCUUUCUGCUAUUUUCUAAAGUAGCUCAAUUUAUUUAAUUCUUGCAUAUGAGCCUAAAAAGCAAUGUGGCUGCUUUAAGAAUCAUGUUAAUGUUAAUGAAUCAAUCCUUUAAAAUAGCCAUUUUGUUUCAUGUCUCUACAGAAGCCUGAAAAAAAGUCUGUUUUUCCGAAUAGUAAGUGCAGAGUUUGUACAAGAUCUGAAAUAUUUCUUCCAAACUAUUAUUGAAGGAUGCACUGUAGCCCAAUUAGCUACCACUGAAAGCCAAACUGCCCUCAACUGCCAAAUGGCACCACAUUGUAAAUGUUUCUAGGUAUUCCCUUGAUAAUAGAGUGUCAAGUGGAUUUAAAAAGCUUUAAACAAAAUACAUUUCACAAUCUGCUGACUAUGAAAAAGUCCUUUUUCAGUCUUUUUAUUUUCAGGUUGCUCACAUUUUUUAAAAAAUUCCUGGUUGGCUUUUGUUGUUGCUUUGUUUUGUUUACAGAUGUCAGUAGGAGACAUGAUGAAAAGAAGCUAUUCUUUAAUUACAAAGUAUGAUACAAGGGAUUUCCACUUUAGAAGAGACAUAGCCAGUGUCGAAUAAAUAGCGUUAUAAAGCCAGCAGUACAGAAUGUCUUGUAUUUGUAAUAUUCUAGUUGUGCCCUAUAUACUUGAAAAAUCUCUCUUAAAUGUAUGCUGAAAGCUCUGAGGACUAGAAGAUACCAAUUGUUCAUAUUUCACACAAAAAUGUUAAACAUGCUGAGUGUACUGUAUAUAUUGAUCAGAAUGUGGAACUUUACAUCUCUGUGCCUGAAUUUACCAGUUCAAAAUAAGGCAUCUGUAAUGCUGGCAGGAUCUGGAACUCUUGAACAGGUAUACUCCAAUGUUUUGCUUCUGUUUUGUGUAACUUAAUUGAUUAAAAAAUUAUGGACAGUCCUUUGUUCUUGCCAAA